AUGGAUGAUACAACUGGGAAAGGGCCCAAAGCCAGAGAGCAGGGGUUGAAAUCGGACGCCGCGGUGGAGGUGGGUGCCAUGCCAGCCCAGCCCGAGCAUACCCUUGAGGACUACGAGCGGCUGUUUGGUGUCGACGAGGAUGCGUAUGAGCAGCCCACCACGACCAGGAAGGAGCUCUGGGCUUAUUACCUCUACUAUAAUGGCGACAAUGGCGUUGGUCCGGGUUCUUACAGCCAAGCUCUCUUCCAAUGGGCUUUAAAUGGCGCUGGCCACCAGCCAGACACAAAUCCGCCCCAAGCCUGCACCAACUCCUCGGCGUGUGUGGUGCCUUGGGCAGGGGGCACGCGAUCAAUCUCCUCGGUGGUUCUGAUCGCCAACGGCCUCUGCUUCACUUUCAUGACUGUCAUUUUCGUGUGGCUGGGAAGUGCGGCGGACUAUGGUUCGUUCGGUCGGUGGCUUCUUCUAGUGCUGACGGUCAUCUGUUGGGCGCUGCAGUAUGGGAUGAUGGCUAUCCGACGCCCUAGCCAAUGGCCUGCAGCCAUGGGAAUGUACGUCGUGGCGUAUGUCGCGUAUGGGGCCACUUUGGUGUUUUACGCCGCGGUCUUUCCCCGGUUGGCGCGCUAUAUGCCCCAUGUACGAAAGGCCCGGGAAGAGGAUUUGAAAGAAGGCAAGAUCGAUCAGAAGGAGUAUGAUAUGAUCGAGUCAUUGGAGCGGAAUCACAUCAGCAACAUUUCGACUGCGCACAGCAAUAUCGGAUACUUGUUGACCUUGGUGCUUAACUUGAGCGUCCUUCUUCCGAUGCAGAAUAACCAAUAUUCGAAUAACUUGGCACUGUGUCUGACGAAUUCCUAUUGGGUGGUUCUAGGCAUUUGGUGGUUCCUUUUCCAGCAGAAGCGGCCCGGUCCCAAAAUUCCCAAGGGCUCUAGCUACACGACCAUUGGCUUCAAGCAGAUCUGGCUGGCGAUUCGAGAGAUCCGAUCCCUCCCACAGACCUUCCUUUACUUUCUGGCAUACUUUCUGCUGGCAGACGGUCUGAAUACGACUGGAACCCUGGUAAGCAUCAUUCAGAAUGACCAGGUGUCUUUCUCAUUCCUCCAAAUUACCUAUCUUGGAAUCACGCAGGCGGCGUGCUCGAUUACGUCGACGUUUGGCUUCUGGUACAUCCAGCGAUACUUCAAGUUCAAGACCAAGACCAUGUUCCUGUUCACCAAUUUCUUCAGCGUUUUCAUUCCCUUUUGGGGCAUGCUCGGACUGUGGACUGACCGAAUUGGGUAUCACCAUACCUGGGAGUUCUACUUCUACAACGUCAUCUUCGGCCUGUUUCAGGCUCCUUACUAUGCGUACGCUCAAACAAUGAUCAGCGAGUUGAUGCCCCGUGGCUUCGACAAUAUGUUCUUCGCGCUUUUCGGAAUCACUAAUCGUGCGUCUUCAAUCAUUGGUCCAAAUGUAAUUCAGGCCAUCAUCAAUAACACCCGCAACAACUGGAUGGGCUUCCCAUUCCUCUUUGCUAUCUGUACUGCCGCCAUGAUUGCUAUCGGCUUCGUGGAUAUUGAGAAGGGCCGUGAGGACUGUCGGAGGUUUACCGAGAAACGUAAAGUGGAUCGUGUCGUGGCAGAGGCUGGUCUCAGUGCCGAUAUCAUUGUCAAGGGCAAAGAUCCGAUGGACAAUGGGGAGGUGGGUGGGGGAAAUGGAGAAUUAAGCAGCAAUGGACCGGCCACAGCUGGGUCUACGGACAGAGAGACCUCGGCAUGA